UUCCAUUUUAACAGAAACCCACAAAUGAAUCCACCUAAUAAGUCAAAAAAUUACAGUCAAUAAGAACCGAACCAAAUUGCUUGCAAUUGAAGGUACCCUCUGUUUCUUCACUGUCAAUCAAUUAAACUCUUAUCUCUCUCUCUCAUCUCAUCUCUGUUUCUGAUGCUCUGAGACUCAAAACCCUAACCCACCUCAUUUCUCUCCUCCCUUCGUUCCUCUUUCAUGGGUAGGGAUAGCCUUACUCCGUCACCACAACCAGUGGCUGUGAAAACAACGGCGUUGGCUCCUGGGUUUCGAUUUCACCCUACUGAUGAAGAGCUCGUCAGUUAUUACCUGAAACGGAAGGUUUCUAAUAAACCUGUCCGUUUUAAUGCUAUUGCUGAGGUCGAUAUUUACAAGAACGAGCCUUGGGACCUUGCAGAUAAAUCAAGGUUGAAAAGUAGAGACCAAGAGUGGUACUUUUUUAGUGCAUUGGACAGGAAGUAUGGGAAUGGAGCAAGAAUGAAUAGAGCCACAACUAGAGGUUACUGGAAAGCUACUGGAAAAGACCGGGAGGUUCGCCGGGACUCUCAACUGAUUGCAAUGAAGAAAACACUCGUGUUUCAUAGUGGGCGUGCUCCAGGGGGGCAGCGCACCAAUUGGGUUAUGCAUGAGUACCGGCUUGUUGAUGAAGAGUUGGAUAGAAUUGGAGCCUUGCAGACGGAUUCAUACGUGCUGUGUAGAGUGUUUCACAAGAAUAAUAUAGGACCUCCAAACGGGAAUCGUUAUGCACCUUUUAUAGAGGAGGAGUGGGAUGAUGGCGAGACAGCUCUUAUUCCAGGGGAAGAGGCUGUGGAGGAAGUGGCUGGUCAUGAUAAUUGUACUGAAAUAAAUCGUAUUGAGCAGCAGGACACUCAUUCCAUCAACCGAAAUCCUCUUAAUAUUAAUGAACUUCCUACGGAGUGUCAAAACGUUGACGAAUUUCAAAGAGAUGACUUACUUGUGUGCAAGACCGAGACAGUGGAUGAUGAUCCUCCUUGCGUGCUUAACACAGAAGCAUCAUUUCCUUUACUCCAAUAUAAAAGGAGAAAGCACAAUAAUGAUACAGUAUCUAAUCAUUCAAAUGCUUCGGACAAGUCAACCAGGACAACUCAGGAUCCUUGCUCAUCUACAACAUCAACAGCAGCAACAACAACAACUACAGACACAACGAUGACAACAGCUGCAGCAACCACUACUGCAAUCUCUGCAUUAUUGGAGUUUUCUCUAAUGGAAUCAAUUGACCCCAAAGUAAAUCGUCAUGCUCCUCCUCCUAGCCUCGGUAAUAUUAGUCUUGAUUCGACAGUGCCUCCUAGCUGCAUGAAAUUUAUCAAUGAUUUGCAGAGUGAGAUCCACAAGAUUUCUGUUGAGAGAGAGACAUUGAAGCUUGAAAUGAUGAGUGCGCAUGCGAUGAUCAACAUUCUUCAAUCUCGAAUUGAUUUUCUCAACAAGGAAAAUGAGGAUUUGAAAAGGAGCAUCCACGAUAAACAGUAAGAUUCCAGGCCUAUCUGAUCUUCUUGUUGUUAUCCUGUAGGACCCCUCUUCCCCUCAAGUCAAGACAAAUUGAGCAUAUGUAAAAUUAGGAUUUUAUCGUUUUGUUGUUUGUUUUAACUAUUUGUGCUGUAGGAAUAUCAUAAUGUUGGAUUUCGUUCAUCUGUAAUGGCAAAUUUAGACUGCUGCAUUUGAACCUUAACCUUAUUUAGUCUCUCUGCUAAUUAGUUGUAAUGUUAUCUUGUCUGAAAGUGAGCUUGAGCUUGAGCUGUCUUA